UGAAUAAUCCAUCACUCCUUUGUUUGGUGAAUUGUGUUCAUCUUUAAGAAAAUGGGAAGCUUAAUAUGGUUUUCCCAAAUCCUCUGCCUUUCCUUCAUGUUGUUACAGUUUCGAGUCCAAAGCUCAUCACCUUCUCAAUCUUCUCUCGAUUCAUCACCACAUUUGUGCCGUCCUGAAGAGCGUUCUGCAUUGCUUGAUUUCAAAAGCACCACUAAUUUGGUGGACAACUGGUUUUGUACUCCUCGUCCUAUAAUACAAACUUGGAAUGAGAGUAAAGACUGCUGCUCGUGGGAAGGCAUCGCAUGCGACAAGCGGAAUGGUCACGUGAUUGGCCUUGAUCUUAGCAGUAAUUGUCUUGAAGCCAAUCUAACUACAAAUAGUAGUCUCUUCCGCCUUGAGAAAUUGCAGAGCCUCAACCUUGCUUACAACUAUUUUCGCUACCCCAAUCUCUCUUUUGGGUUCGACCGUUGGAAGAGUUUGACCUAUCUUAAUCUUUCACGUUCAGGAUACAUGAAUGGCUCUUUCUUGUUUGAUGAGAUCUUCUUGCUACCAAAAUUGGUUUCGCUCGAUCUCUCUAAUUAUUAUGGUUUGCUUCUUGACAACAUAAAGUUUCAAAUGCUUGCGCAUAAUUUAACAGAGUUAAGGUUUCUUAUCCUUGAUUAUGUGAAUAUGUCUCUGGUUGUACCUUCUACCUUGCUAAACUUGACUUCUUCCUUGGAGCAUUUGAGCCUUAGAGCUAACACUUGGAGAACCCAAAUCUGGGUUCCCAUGUCUUCUCCAGCACCGACGCUGGCAGCAACUCCAUCACCACCGUUUGACCUCCAAAACAACUGCCUUACCGGACCAGUUGAUCAUGUUGAGAUGCCCAAUCUCAUUUUACAAGAAGUCUAUUUGUCCAAUAAUGAGAUAAGUGGUUCAAUUCCUAGCUCUUUCUUUGAUCUUGUGCAUCUUACUAGAGUCAACCUUUCUUCAAAUAACUUAACUGGCACCAUUACACCGGACAUGCUUUCGAAGCUUGUAGACCUUGAGGAUCUUGAUCUUUCCAAUAAUAGUUUGCUGUCUUUGAGCAAUAAUGGCAUUGGUGUCAACCAUUCCUUUCCAAACCUUCGGUUUUUAAUAUUCUCUUCUUGUAACAUACACAAGUUCCCAAGUUUCUUAAGGAAGGCAGAGAGGUUGGAAAUAUUGGAUAUUUCCAAGAACAAGAUUUCUGGUCAAAUUCACAAAUGGGAAAUAGAAGGGAUGUCGUCAUUGUACUACUUAGACCUUUCUUAUAACUUCUUGACUGGUAUAGAUUUAUUUGGUUUUGGAAAUCUUGAAAUUGUUGACCUCAGAUCUAACAUACUACAAGGAUCACUUCCCAUUCUCUCAACAACUCAGGAUUCUAUGCAACAUCUCUUCAUGUCAGGGAAUAAUUUGACUAGUGUAAUCCCUUCUUCUUAUUGCAAUUUGACUUCUCUUAAAGUUCUAGAUUUAGGUAAUAAUUGUUUGGGAGGAAAAAUUCCAGAAUGUCUUGGAAACUUGAGUGAUCUCUCCGACUUGGAUUUGCGGAUGAAUAAGUUUCAUGGUAUAAUACCAAAUUCUUUUGUCAAUGGGAGUAGACUGAGAAAUCUUAACCUAAAUGGCAACCAGUUGGAAGGGAGACUGCCAUCAUCUUUGGGAAAUUGCAGUGAGUUGGAAGUUCUAGAUGUUGGGUACAACUCCUUGAACGAUACCUUUCCAUGUUGGUUAGGUGUUCUUCUGCGGCUAAAAGUUCUAAUCCUUCGAUCUAAUCAAUUUCAUGGUGCCAUUAGCAAUUCUAUGCCUGCAUUUUACUUCCCUCAGUUGAGAAUAAUUGAUGUCGCACAGAAUGAUUUUAUGGGUCUCCUACCAAGUAACUAUUUCAAAAUUUUGAAAGGUAUGAGAGAUGUAGCUCCAGCUGAUAAAGCCAAAUUGGAAUACAUUGGUGAUAAUAUGCAAGCUGUUAAACUCAAAGCAAAAUACAUUUUUCAGGCGUUGCUAAGAAGGGGUACCUCUCCUCUAAGUCGUGGUGCCUCAGUUUCUCCUAUUGCUUUAAAGUUUUCUGUGAAGGUAGUAAUGAAAGGGUUAGAGGUGAAGCUUGAAAGGAUCAUGACAAUUUUCACAACCAUUGAUUUCUCAAGCAAUCGAUUCCAUGGGGAAAUUCCUAAAGAGCUAGGAGAACUCAAUUCACUUUUAUUGCUAAACAUAUGUCACAAUAGUCUCAGUGGUCAAAUCCCGUCAUCAUUGGGGAAAUUAGCAGAACUCGAGUCAUUAGAUCUCUCGUCAAACAAGCUUGAAGGCAGGAUUCCAGAGCAAUUGACAAAGCUGACGUUCCUAUCAGUUUUGAAUCUUUCACACAAUGAACUUGUGGGCCACAUACCUGAAGGGAAGCAGUUCAGUACUUUCUCAAAUGAUUCCUACGUUGGGAACUCUGGGUUGUGUGGAUUCCCGUUGACAAAGAAAUGCGAACCACCAAGACCACCUUCACCACAAUUUGAUGAAGAAGAUGAUUCUACAGCAGUCUUUGAGUGGAAGUUUGCAUUGGCAGGCUAUGGGUGUGGACUGGUGUUGGGACUUAGUCUGGGAUACAUUGCCUUCACUACAGGAAAACCAUGGUGGGUGCAAACAGGUGCUGUUGAUUUCCUACUCCGGGGAGAUCUGGCAACAGUUGCUUCUUGAGUUUGUUUCCGUAUUUUUCAUGUUCAUUGUUGAUAUAUAGUUGUAUUGACUUGUGUGGGAAUUAUGGUUAUGUAUGAAUUUGUGUUGAUUUCUUUUCGAUUUGAUCUAUCUGCUCUACACGCAGUUAUCAUGUAUUUUGUUACUGUAAUUUGAUCCUUCUGUGAUUUUUGCCAAUCAAUCUCUUCAAAUCAUAUUUUAUCCUCUCCUUUUAGUUUGGUUGCCUUUGAACAGUGCGUUUUACUGAAUAAAAAUGAAAAUGUCUU